UUAAAACUCUUUUCAGGAAAAGGAGAAGAGAUGACAAUGAGGAAGACACCCACCUUCCCCGUCAUUCGAAGAGGAAUAAGAAGGACCAGGCCUUCCAGGACCCUCGGGCUAUAGAGUCUGGAUUUUCCCGGCUGCACACAUUCCUCCUGGCUAUCGCCUAGUUAUUCCACAAGUCUCCACCUUCACUUUUCCUCCUGGAACCAGGGCUCAGGGUGGCCUCCGGCUCAGACUAGAGCCCCAUGGAUCCGCUGCAGAAAUGGGAUCCAAUGUCGAUUUCCAUGCCCUCCUGCAUGGCCACUGUGACAAGCUCCCAAGAGGCCUCAGCAGGCUCUCAGCCUUCCUCCUCAGAAAAGCUAAGGAUGAGUCUGAGUGGCCUGAGCCUCUGCCGCAGCCCUGGCUCAGUUGCCCCUGCUCCUCUGUCAGAGGGACUGCUCCAGCAACAGGCCUGAGAGAAGAAGGCCCUGUGGCAGCAAUACUGGGAAAAGCAGGGCUUUCCUCAGAGGAAGAAAGUCUUCCUGAGACACUCGAGACGCUGGCACCGGGAUCACAUGGCACCUUACCUGCUUGAAAGGGAUGUCAGAGGCUCUCCCUCAGGUGACAGAGCUCAGAAUCAGCUCCGGUGCCAGGGCCACGUGCCAAGCAUUGCUGGGGUGAGUGGAGACGGGAACAAGGCUCCCAACCCCCCCUCCUGGGAAACGCUGGUACAGGGCCUCAGUGGCCUCACCCUCAGCCUGGGAGCCAACAGACCGAGCCCCCUGCCUGAGGGGCCUGGGGAGCAUCAGGAGCCAGAGCAGAUGCUCCAGCUGGAGAGGCAGCAGGAAAGCAUGAGGAUGUUCCAGAGGAUGCUCAAGUAGAGGAUGGAAGAAGGCCGCGGAGCUGGCUCCCAGAGGAUGGAGGUGAAAACGUAUUCAGACAGUGUGGCACGGCCAGCUCAGGGGCCCAGACCCUUCUGAGAUCAAGGCAGUCAGCUGCCUUUGGAUGAGUCCCAACACUUGUGCUAUGAUGGGAGUUGUCCUAGGAAAGGCUUCAACUUCCCUGCUUAUGUCUUUAAGCAUGCCUUUGUGGGUAUGGUGGUGUGUGUUAGCCGAUACAAAAGAAAACUGGGGACCAGGGAUCACUGAGCUCCCAUGUUGUGAUUCACACACAGAGUUUUCACUCAUUUUUCUGGGAACUCAAUGCCCCCAUCUUCCAGUUAAGAAGAACCAACAUCGUCUCUGUGUGUAUAUGUAUAUAUGUAUAUGUAUAUAUGAUGUAUAUAUAAGACAUACAUAUAUCUUCUAUAUGUCUUCUUGAUGUCAGUUUAUUGAGUGCCCCAGAAAAGGGCUUACAGAUAUGAUGGGAUGCAUGUUCUGGAUAGCAGACACAGAUCGACUUGCAGCUUCUAGAAGUUGAAGCAAGGGAAUGCAGGCUUAAAGCAGCUAGCUACCGAAUGCACUGUAUUAGGUAAAAACCCCAGGGUUUGAACCUACACGGAACAAGAGAGGAGUCCCUCCUUAGCCAUACCAAAUCCUGGAUCUCUGCAGGAAUUAACUAUUGUUCACUCUGCCAUAGCAGAGGCUGACUUGAAAUUUCAGAACUGUGUCACAACCAACCCCCUUCCUCUUCAUCUGCUCAAUGAAAUCAUUUAAAGACAUGCAGCCAGGUCAAGAGAGGCAUAGUCUCAUGUAGAUGAGGAGACAAAGAGACGAGAAGCUCAAGUGUGCAUGCUGCGGUCAGCAUGGACAGUCUGGGGAAUGGGCAAGGACUGUACUGAAGGAAGGUUUGGGUGGCAUCAUUAUAGUGCCGGACAGUGGUGUACAUAUUGUUAUCACCAGAAACUGGUGAUAAGUGGCAAAUGUUCAUAAGAACUGUCUUCACGAGUCCCAUGUUUUCCAGUAGUGACAGUAUAAAUAACCAUUGCCUGGGUAUACACGUAUUAUGGAGUGGAAGCUGGGGAGGUCAGUUUGCCCUUAAGUUUGCUCUUACAGGUCAAGGGCCAGCAGUGGAAAGUAUUCCAUAGGUUUGUUAGUGGUAGUAUUGGGGAUCUGUGCAUGCUCUGUGUCUCUUAGCUGCUAAAAGACUCUGAUGAUUCAAGAGGGCAGAUGGGAGGGCAGAAUGCACCCCUCGUUGAAAUGACAAGAAGACCAGUCUUUGACCUGCCUAUAUGCCACACAGGUGGGGUGGGCUGGGGCCUUAUUCAAAUGAGAGAGUUGGCCAUUGCUCCAGGUUGCUGCUUAGCAACCACUGUGCAGUGCUCAGUGUAUGACUUCUCAAUGCUAGAGGGAGCUGGUGGAGUCUCGGAAACACAUCCCUGCCAGCCAUUUCGGGGUGCCUUGAUAGCUCUGAGUGUGAAGGCAUCCUGUUAGGAUAAAUCUUGUCUUCUAGGCGACAAGGGGAGACGGUGAGAUGUGUCCCUUGCUGUGCUCUCUGUAGUCCUAACUUCUCACAUGCCCCCUGACAUGCAGUCAGUGGACAGGGCACCUGUACCUCUGUCUGAUCAGUUGUGUCAGGGCGUACAAGUGGGUUUUACCUUCCCCAUCAUUGAAAUGAUUUGCUCUUUUCAAGUCUGUAGUGUCCUGUGCUUGUACCAGACGCCAUGAAAUGCCCUGUUCCAAAUGUGAAAACAUAUUCUCUUCUGUGACCAACUGCCUCCUGUUGUUAAUGUGGACUGGAAAGUCAUCAUGUCAUUUUGUCAGAGAUUUGGGAAGGUGAAAAAACUGUGUAGUGAUCUCCACCCUAAUCCAGUAGUCAACUUGUUUGUUCAACACGUUGUGAGUUUCGUAACACAUGGUCUAAGCCACACUACUGAUAUGUGACAAGUUAAAUUUCCACUACAGUUAAGUUUUCUUUGUUACUUUACGAUAUUCCUUCCUUGAUACAGCAAUGCUUACUUUUGUCCUUUUCAACAGUGGAUCUCUUGGUGUAGGUGGUUUCUUCCUGUCACAUCUUCCCCUACCCGAUUCUUCACCUGCCUGACGGUCUUCCUGACGGCACCUCUUCAUGCAGUAUGACCACAUGCCCCUUGUCAGAAUACACACUGGUAAAGUUUCAGAGAGAGAUGACAGAGUAGGAGGAGGUCACUGAACCAUGUGGCCUAAGGCCCACCUCCCUGGAUAGUCAAGUGAGCCACCUCAACCAACAACAGGAUCCACUGUGAUUCUGUUGGCAUGGUGGAUGCAGGAACUUUUGGCAGGAUGGUCCAGGCUCAGCUGCCAGCUCCAGCGCCCCACCCCCUGGAAACUCCAUGCCUUCUAUGGAUAACAACACUGAAGGCUUGGCCAAGAUCUCUGCCCCAGGCAUCUUAAUGGUCACUGGAGCCAUCACCCAUGCUCCCUGCUUCCCCUUCCGGGUUGUCUUCUGUUCCGACGAGGUAGUCGCCUUACUUUGUCCUUGGUUGUUUGAGUCCCAUUGACGCUCUCACUUGACCAUGACUACUGACUCAUCAUCUUUACCUCCUUUCAUUUCAUUUCUUAGUCCUGCUCCAGGGGUUGAGCUGUACAAUUACAUAUGUGUGUUGUAUGUGAGUGCCUGCAGGAGUCUUUACCUCCUUUCAUUUCAUUUCUUAGUCCUGCUCCAGGGGUUGAGCUGUACAAUUACAUAUGUGUGUUGUAUGUGAGUGCCUGCAGGAGUGUGCAAGUGUGGGCCCUCAUGCCUGUGUGGCUGGCGGUCUGAGGUUGACUCUGGGUGUGUUCCUCUAUUUCUCUCCAUCAUGUGUUCUGAGCCAGAUCUCUCCCAAGAUCUGGGAAGUCACCAGUGUGGCUUGAUCAGGUAGACAGUGAGUCCCAGGAAUCCUCUUCUUUCUGCCUAGCAGCCCUAGGAUUAGGGGUGUUCCUGCCAGGCCUGAGUUUUGAGUGAGUGCUUGGGGAUCCUAUCUCAGGCUCUCUUGCCUAUGAGCCAGACACUUUCCCAGCCACCUGGCUCCCCAGCCCUGAGCUGUACACUUGGAAUCAAUUGCAAUCUACCUUCAAACAACACCAGCUCUUUCCUGAGUCGUAAAGCCCCCAGGCACACUGUGCUCCCACUUCCUGCCUCACAGUCUUUGGUGAGGUGUUUCUUGGAUGAGAAGACCAGGAUGUGUUCCUCACACUCACAAGACAGCAGGCAGCAUCUUCCCGAGCACUUUCCAGUGCCUUAGGUGUGUUGCUGCUGCUCUCAAAACGACAAGCACGUUUCAAAAGCUGGUGCUGCAAGAGAGACUCUAAUUAUGCCUUGAUUGGAGUUGUCAUGGUGAUGCCAUUGGAAUACCUUUCAUCGUGCAACAUCAUUUACCUCUAUGACUGUGUCGUGCCAACCCCUCCCAGCCCUUUUGAAAUAGACAGACAUUCCCCCAGUGCCCCAUUCUGAUUUUCUCUCAUGAGAGGUUGGAGAUACGUGUUCCUUAAAUGUCGUGACUCAGUGUGAGGCCCUGUGAGGACUGUGGACAGGAGGCGGUGGCAGAGGUGUAGGUUGGUAAUCUCAUCCCGAAACCGCUGUGCCAGAGGAAAUCAAUAACCUGGGAGAAAAAGAGAUUUUUCUGAACGGAUGGAGUGUGGGUGGUUGCCUAGGUUACCAGGAGAGAGCCAGGGCUCAUGGAGACUGCCACGUGACCAGCCUCAUUCUGCAGGACCCCGACCUGAAGCAAGAGUGUGGGGGAGCAUGUUCAGUGUUUCAGAGCCUUCUCAACAUUAGGAGUUUCCUGAAGGUGCUCUGAGCCUGUUUGUGAGAAGCAGAGUCAGAGAGGACAAGAACAGGGCCUCGGCCACUAGCUACAGGGCCCAUUGGAUUCUCAGUGAGAGUGUCCAAAUGGGGCAGUUCCUUUCCUCCUGCUGGCAACCCAGAGAGGGUCUGUGAACACCUGUGCAGUCCUGGUCCCAGUGCCACAGAUGCUCUGCUUUCUGGGCCGACUGCCCUGUUGUGCUGCAUGUGCGGGUGCUUUCACAAAAGGGCUAAAAUGGAACAAGCUCAGAAUCCAUGGUCUGGUGGUUGCACAAAGGAAUUCUCAAGAUUGCAGAAAGAACCUCUCCCUCACCUUCCCCCCUCCAUCUCUCCCUCUCUCUCAGUGUCUCUGUUAGGACACAGAAGAGAGGAAAUUGUCAUACGUUACACACCAUAUAUUCACUCACAGGCUGUAAUUCUGAGUUAAAUGAGCUUGACUAUAUGUAUACAUGUAUACUUCAUGACCUCACUGUGUGUGGAACCAAAAAUGGUCAUAUCGUUUUCACAAUGAUAAAAUAAGUUGUUCAUCA